AUUAAAAUAGAUGAUACUGUGUCUUACAUGUCACAAGAAAAAUCUCCUUCUUAUGGAUAUUUAACAGAAAAACCCAAAGUUCCAAUGCAAUUCCACUUCCGUGAGUCAACGUCAAUCAACCCACUUAAACAAAACACCAAUCACGAAACUCACACACCGCCGCAAAAAAUGGCUUCUCCGGUUGCUAUGGCCAUCCUCCUCGCCGCCCUAUUCGGCGUGGUUUCGACCACGAAAUCCGCAGUCCCACACGAAUGCGCGGCAGCACGGAAUCAGAACCACCAGGCACUCCGUCGCGACAGAGUCACCGUUCUGAUGAACGGCUUCUCGGAGCCGCGCAUCCCCCUCCUCCAUUCCCUGGCUGUGGCAUACUCCCUCUCCCCCAUUGUCUCCUCCGUGCUUGUCCUAUGGGGAAAUCCCUCCACAGCGUCAAGUGUUGUCCGCCAACUUGCCCGCAACCUCUCCCUCUCCACUUCCUCCUCGCCCAUCUCGCUUCUCCUCCAACCCUCCGCCAGCCUCAACAACCGCUUUCUCCCCCGUCCUGACCACAUCUCCACCGACGCCGUUUUGAUCUGCGACGACGACGUGGAGGUGGACUCAAAGUCGUUGGAAUUCGCGUUUCGCGUGUGGGAGAAAAACCCCAACCGACUAGUGGGACUCUUCGCGCGGUCCCAUGACAUCGAUCUGAACCGGAGGGAGUGGGUCUACACGGUUCACCCGGACCGGUUCUCCAUCGUGCUCACAAAGUUCAUGCUUCUGAGAGCCCGGUACCUGUUCCUGUACACGUGCGUGGGUGGGGCCGGCAUGGCUCGCGCGCGGGGGAUCGUGGAUGCGGUGCGGAACUGUGAAGAUGUGUUGAUGAACUUUGUGGUGGCAGAGGAGGCACAGGUGGGUCCAUUGCUGGUGGGGGCGAAGAGAGUGAGGGAUUACGGGGACGCGAGGAAUGAGGGGGAGGAAGGGGUGAGGGUGGGGUUGAGUAGUAGGAAAGGGGAGCACAGGAAGAGAAGAGGGUGGUGCAUUGGGGAGUUUCAUAGGGCCUUGGGGAGAAUGCCUUUGAGGUAUAGCUAUGGCAAGGUCGUUGAUGAUGUUGGGGAACAGGGCUUGUGUUACAAAGGUGGCAAGAUUGUCUUUUGUGAUCAAUCAUGAAAAUGAUUUUUUUCACUUCAGUCUCUAUGAUUUUAAAUCUACUGUAUUUUGUUUUACACUUCUCAAGAUUUUAUUUGGCUGGAUUCCAAGCUCGUCAAGGAGGGGUUCUUUUUCUUUAAAGUUGGAGGAGACAUUGACUCCCGAGUAGGUGGACAUGGCAUGAGAGUCAAUUCCAAGGAUAUGAAGGGGAUGCAACUUGAACUCUUUAUUCCCCAUGAUAUCGAUCCGGUUGAAGGAAGAAAGUUUCAAGGUGGAGUUAAGGGAUCUUGUAAAGGUUCAAUUGACAUGUUUCGGAGUUUCAUGCUGUUUUGUGAUAAGUGAAAGUUUUAAAGGGAAAGGAGGGAUAAGAUUUUAAGAUUUUGGGGGUUUUAUGUGAGCUCGACACAUGUUAAAUUUCGAUUUACUACUAUAUUGUUGGCUUGUAUAUAGCUAGUAAAUGUUUUCCUAAGGCCUCAUAAGCCAGCAAAUGGAGAGCAGACACCCUUCAAGAUUUGCGAAUAUUUCCCCGCAACUAUUCGUAGAUGUGCCAUUGUUGUUGGCUUUGCUGCACUUAUUACUGGUUUGGAGCACCUAGGAGACAGAUAUGAUGUGGAAAAUGUCCAUGGACUCAGCUGGGCUUUGGCAAUUUGGCUCAUCAGUGCUGCAUUGGUUGUUAUUUAUUUGGAUUACCGUGAAAGGCAGCGAAUAAGGCGGAAGAUAUUUCAAAGAUGCAAUUGGGUAGUUGGUAAUCUUGAGGAAGAUGAUUCAAUCAAUCUUUUGAACAACUACAGAUAAAGAGUUACUACCUUUUGUAAGAAUGGAAGUUCAGUUAGAUUGUUAGAACAGAUAAAAUUGCAUUCCUUAAGUUCUGAGAGAAAUGUGAGCUCACAUUUUUCUUUGUUAGUUAUCAAGCGUUUUCGGAGGUGAAAAGAAAAGGGAGUCAAUUACUUUCCAAUAUCUUUUUUUAACAUAUGAUGCCUUCUAAAUUCUAGGAAUAGUAUCUUUCCUACAGCAUAUAUUUCCUAUUUCCUAUACUGAUACAUCUUCAACUGAUUAGGUUAUAUUGAUUUUUAACUCCAGCGGCUACACUAUUUCUUUUACUAUUUCGUCUCAAAGUAGAAGAAAUCAGGUGAAUUUGUAGGUUCUGUAUGGUAAGUUUGACAGUAUCAUAAUAGAUGAUAUCAGACAUGGAAUGCUAUCUGGCCAAAGGCAUUGUUGGAAAUUAUGAGAUGAGAAAUUUAAUGCAUGAUUUUUUUCUUGUCCAUAAUGCCAUAUGGUUUUAGAUUCUCUGUGAUUACUUGUUUCAUCUUUUGUUCUCUUAAUCCUCCAUGAAGCUCCCUAGUAAUUUUAAUUUAAACUAUAAAAGAUAAAUUCAAAUGACUUCAGAGUUUAGAUGACUGUAUAGCUUGCAAUACCAGCACUCACUGGAAGCAUCUUAUAUAAGCUUUGAAUAUUUACAGUAGCACGUGUUUAAUCAUUGUAUAGAAUUUCAUUAUUGUGAUCUGAUGUGAUGGAAAUUAGAGACACCCAUCGGGAUAAGACUUUGUUGUUGUUUUUGCUUUUUGAGGCAGAGAGGUUGAAUGCAAAUAGUGGGGUAAAAUUAUGUCUACUUCAAGCAAUUCAUCUACAAUUCCAUUGAUUAAAGGUGAUAACUAUACAUUUGGCCAAGAUCACGAAACUACAAAAACCACACAUUUUAUAGUUUGAAACAAGCA